UCUUGCAAACAAACAAAAAAACAACUUUUUUUUUUUUUGAUUAGCGAACGAAUCCCUUUUUGUUUAGAUGGAUUUUAAUAUUUUUAUUUGGACUAUUCUGUGCGAUUGCAUGGUUCUCCCAGUCUGCGGUUUGUAUUGCAGUGUUUCCCCCCUGAGUUUCGGGCGGGUAUUUAUAACUUUCACUGUCCCCUGCCAAGAGACGCGUCUCCAUGGGAACGGCACGCCGCCGCCUUUUGCUACCCCAGAGUUCAUUCACCUGAUUCAAAUAGUCCCGACACGUUUUUUUUAUUGCUGUUUCUAAUUAUUUAACAUUUUUUAUAGCCUUCAUUAGCAUAAUCACAAGCCAGAAUUCAAAAUCCGGUAUGUAACCGUGAUACUAUGAAUAAUGGCUAUACCGAGUUUCAACAUAAUUGUCAGGAGCAUGUUAUCUAUUAUUAUUAUUAUUAUUAUUAUUAUUAUUAUUAUUAUUAUUAUUAUUAUUGUAAAUGUGACGGGCUUCUACUAAAUCUUCACAAAACUUUUUUACUCGGAAGCAAAAGCGGAAUGAUAUUGUUUGGUUUGUUGUGCCGGCCGGUGGUUAUUUGCUGGAGGACCGUGGUGUGUAAAGACACGCUUUGUUGUUUUGGUUUUGGUUUUUUUUCUCCAGUUUCUCUGCGCAGCGUCGUGAGCGUCGACACUAUGGCUGAAAACGUGUUGUAACAAUGUCGUGUUCACAAGAGCACACCGCUGCGAGAGACCCGGCAGCUGCCGAGGAGAUCAGCGACUCCGAGUUUCUGGACAUAGAGCUGGACACCCAUUAUCCAGAAACCCCAGAGUCAUGUGAUCGGCUGAGUUCAGCUCUUGGUAAUGAUUGUGGGACUGAAUCAGAGACAGUUGGAGGUCCACUUGCACCUAAGACAGACUCUGCAGAGGAAGCUGGCACAUCCCCUGAACUGGCCAGCGCUGGUGAGGGGUCUGCAGUUCUGUUGAAGCGGAAGAGGGUCCUGGCUGAGCGAAGCCCGCUGGAGCGGUUCAGACUGCGGUACCUGUGUGUGACGGACGUCUGUGGGCAGGCUUGGUGUGAGCUGCAGGUGGUUUACGGGUUUGAACUGCCACACGUGCCUAAGAGGGAAGAGGAGAGCCCUGAAGUGAAGGCUGGGGCCAGUAUUCACUUGGCCAGAGAGCUGGAAGUUCAUGAUGUGGUGUCUGUGAGUGCACAGAGCAAAGAGGACCGCUGGGCUCUCAAGAUCCUUAAUAUGCUCGUCAUGUUGCCAAUCCUACAGGCAGGAGGGCGGGUGCGAGAGCUGCCAGUCUUUGGCAUGCUGGAAGGUGUCUUUCUGGUGGGGGUGAUUGAUGAGCUGCACUACAGCCACAAAGGGGAGCUGGUGCUGAGCGAGCUGAAGACUCGUGGACUCAGAUCCCUCCCGGGCAGAGCUCAAGAGAGGAGCCACCAUUUCCAGGUGCGUUUGUAUAAGCUUCUGUUUGACAGCAUGGUUAGAGGGCUGCUGGAGAGAGAUGCUUUCGUGCAGAGCCUCGGUCUGAGGCCAGAGCAGCCGCUGGGGUCGGGGGUGAUGGAGCACGCUCAGAAGCUGGGGCUUCACGUGCACACUUUUGGGGGGGUGUUGGAGCUGGCACUGAUGACCCUGAGCUACUCGGAGCUGCCCGCCAUCGACGUCCUGAAGAUCGAGUACUGUCACCAAGGCUCCAGCGACGCCAUCGGCACCCGUGAGGUGAGCUUCGACGAGGCCGGUGUGAGGGUGGAGCUGAGGAACUGCCUCUCCUUCUGGAUUGGACAGAGGGAGCCCAGGGGCGUGGACAUCGAGGAGGCGUGGAAAUGCAGGUCCUGCUCUUUCGCGGAGCACUGCGAGUGGCGGAGAGAGAGAGCCGAGAAUGCCACAGCGAGCAAUCAGACCAAGAGGUUCAAGUGACACAGCCCAUUAAUGAAUUAACAGGGAAUGCCAAUUUUGAAUGGGAUCCUUUUAUUUUUUUUUACAAAGUUUCCUGAAUGCCUGUUAUUUUAUAACACUAUAUUGCUAUUCUGUCAUCAUUUUAUUGUGCAUAAUAUAUUUGUUUUAACUUUUAUCGUAUACAUUGAUUGUAAUGAAUCCUCAGUCAGGUGUUGUCUAUUAUUGCCACAAUGAUUUUAAUAAUACAUUCCUAUUUUUACUACCUCCUGAAACUGUGCCAUGUUACAAUUUGAGAGUGUCCUCUCGAACCUGACCACCAACUGUAAUUAACACUACUAUUAGAAACUGACUUGCUUUCUGUCAGCUGCUGAAAGAAGGUAGAAAGUAAUCCUACUGCACUGGCUCUAAUUUUAAGACUCUAUUCAUAAUUCAAGAUUUUAAAAAUAUAUAUAUCUUGGUUUAGAUUCAAAUGCAACCUAGUCAUAUUUUAUUAUCAGUGUUAUUGUAUUUGUGUGUAAUAUGUUUUUUUAGCUUGCUUUUAUUAAAAAAAAAAAUGAAAUAAAAAAAGAUCUGUUGUGUCAUUAUGUGCUGCCCUUGCAAUACACUUUGCACAGCUGUGAGUUACUGGUCUGGGUUUAAUUUCAUCUUUUAACAUGACAUUAGCAUGACAUUAACAUGCCCAUACACUUGUUUUUACACUGUUUUUGUUAAAUAUAAAAAGUGAUGUAGUUAUGAUGUUUGGAUAAUAAUGGUAAGUAAUGAAGAUAGUGACCUACUACUGGUGGAUAGAUUGUAUAUAAUAAUGAGACAGAACAAAAGCAUUGAUAUGCAGUAUAAUUAAAGUAAGGCCGUCCACGCGUGAAUUAAUAACCUUAAUAUCAAUUACCACGGUAAAUAUUUACAAAGAAACCGCAUGCAAAGAGUUUAUACCAUACUGAAAAAAAUCAUACAAUCCCCAAAAUGAAGUAAAUUCACAUUAGCGUUGCAACCUGCGCUGUAGAAACUUUUUUUUUUCCAGUAUGGAAUCUUAAUUUUGCCAACAUUUAUCAAAUAAGCUGGUAAAUGUACGAAUUCGAAGAACAUUUUAUUAGACUUUAUUCGGCUUCAUAUCAACUUGCACAAUACUCCGCUUCUCCCACCAGGUGGCGUCUUAGUUACAAAGAGAACAUUCAAAAUGUGUUUCCGGAGGUGCCCUCACUUAGACUGAUCCAUUGAUUUGUAACGUGUUUUCAAGACCCCAUUAUAGGAGAUUGGGGGGGAGGGUAUAUGAAUAUUUAAUUCACUUGAUAAUAUUACAGCAAGGUUGAGUACAACUGCAUACAAAUGUGUGCACCUCAGUUGAAAUGACUUGAAACGCCUGGAAGUUCUCAAUUAAACCUGCAAUUACUUUUAACUGUAUAUCAAUCACAGCGCUGUCAUUAAUUGUGCUUGGAGCUAGUUAAAUACUAACACCCGUUAAAUGCAUUUGAUAGCUCAUUCAGAAGCACUUGUCAAAAGAAUCUGAAAUCGAUCAAAUACCCUCUGUCAAAUGCAAGUCAUUUGCAACUGAUUCCAAUGCAAACGCGGUGUGUAUUUCUUGGUCGCAUUAAUUUGCGAGAGUGCAAAUGUAUUUGCAUGUAAAUGCAGAUGCACUUGCUCUCGAACGCCACCCUGUAUUACAGAGAUGUUAUAUUGGCCAACAACACAAGCAAGGAAACGUAAGAACAAACACAGACAUUAAACCAGUAAAAGAACACACGUGCAACGCUGCCUCUCUGCUCACAGAAGCAUGUUAGCGCAUCACCUUAUAAACGGGUCUUGCCAUCUGUUUGUAGGAAACUAUCCCUAAUCUGAAGGCUCCAAUGAAGCAUUUUAUAAACUGGGUGACAUCAAUCCAGGUUCUUAACACCUUACCCUCAACCUGGGCACCUGCUCCAAGCGGCACAAAGUGCAUCAUUUGUCAUCCUGAUCUCUAUAAUGACCUGAAAUGUGCUCUGCUAACACCUGGCUGUAAAUCUGAGGACUGACGGUAAUGUGUCAAUAGUGCUGAUGCGGCAGUCUGUACCCAAAAAUACUGUGGUGAGCUUUUUUAAAAGGGCGAGGCUGUCAUUUCAUCGAGGGGUUCAGGUGACGCUAUAAAACCACAAGAGCAAAGCUGUCACCCGAAGCCCCAAGAUGCACAUGACAGCCUCGUUUACCGCAGGGUGUACAUUAUUUGUUAAAAUGACUUGUACAUUUUGAAUGCUUUUUAAAAUGUAACAUAUUUCAGACAAGGUUUAUGAAGUUGUUAGAAUGGCAAACGUUGUAUUAUAAAACAGGGAUAUUGGAACUGAAUGUGCCAGUGUAAAUAAUCUCUAUUUCAAAUCUGAGAGCUGAUUUCUUUGGAAGAAUGUCCUUGAAAAUAGCAAUAGCAGGUUUCACGCAUGACAGUGUGUUUGUGUAAACGGUUAUCCAUCUGGAUAGUCGGUUUUAUUUCUAUCACCAGAGGGUCAAAAACACAGAAGUGUCCUGCGAGCACUCCCGAUGACCUACAUGAAAUAGGGAAAGCAUCGUUUUAGUGUACUGCCCCUCGCAUUGCCUGCUAGAGAUCACAAUAAUAGAAGAUCCUUUCCAAAUGAAGCUAAACAAGGAGCUGCCACGGGGAGCCCUAAUCAGCUCAUCUUUCAUAGACAAGGCUCUGUUCUUCCUCACACGGGCAAUGCAGCACGAAGUACAGCAUUAUGGAGCGUGCAGUACCUGUGUGACCUCACCUGGAUGACUCACAAGCUGUUUUUAAUAAUGCAGUAGCUGCUUAUUUUCUGUUGCGUCCUUGACUUGGUUGAUUAGUUUUUUUAACGUUUAAACUCUCAAAACGGACUAAAAAUGAAACAGCCCUCGCAUAAGCCACGUGUCAAAGCUACGUGAGAUACAGGGGACUUUUUUUCAGUCAAAAUGGUGUUAAUAUUAGUACAACGACAGCCCUCAGUUCAGACAUACAUAGCUGUACCCUAAAAUUGGGCUACUGUACUUUAUAUUCAGCACUGAACCUACAUGGAAACCUCUUAUCUAAUGCCCCCCAAAUGCUACCAAUAGAGCUGACGUUGAAUUAUUAGGGGCUGUGCAUAUUGAUCCUAGUGGAGCUCUGGCUCGAUCUCUUUCCAUUGAGAGCGCUGUUGAUAAGAAGCAGCUGGCUGGCUAUUAUGAUCCGUCUUUGGAUUCGGGCUUAUAGCCCUGGAGACAAAAUAACCAAAUUAUUAUUUAUUUAUUUAUUUUUUGAAAAACAGACUGUCGUGGAUAAAAACAACUCCACCCCGUCACUAUAUCACUACUGACCCUCUCCACCAAUCACUCACUCUCAACUAACCCUACGGACUCCAGAGCGCUGCGUUAUUGUUUUCCCACAAGGAACUGUUUGCAUAAAGCUGAUAUUACUAUACUGUUUAUUUGCAGCAUUGAGACCGUGUUCCUAGGAGGAACCCAACCUUCAGACAGACAGCAAGCUUUGUUAAUGUGUCAGCUGUUCUUUCCGCAACAGGUGAAUGCCAACUGAGGCGUUUGGCAGCAAAUGCUUUUAAACAAACAAACACAGGCUCGGAUCUUAUCGCAAACCCAAUUGCAAUACGAUACAUUUUCAUUUAUCACACACUACCCCAUGCAAUAUUGUUUCUAACCUGUGGUGCGCACAUUUUUCCAGACAGUUCUGAAGAGAGCGAGAGAAGACAGCAGAAUUAUACAAGGUACCGGUAGAAUAACUGUGGACAGUUCACGCUGGGGUCGCGGUCUGUUGCUGUAAAUUAGCGUGUGUUUCAAUUGGAUGGGCCCAAUGAAAAAAUUGCUCUCCACUAAUUAUAAUUUGAUACUCCUGAAACUCACACCCACUUCUAGUACACAAAGAGUUCCUUGAGCCAUGAGAAUCUUAACAGAAAAAAAACAUCUCUCAAUAUUCCUUAUACAGCCCAUGCAUCUUUCCAGCUAAACUGACACAGCCCUUUUUAGAUUCGAUUUUCAAGUGGAAGGAUCCAUGCAUUUUAGACCUGGCGAAUGGUAGGGCGAUGGAUCUUCAUAUUCGCGCUGACGGAGUGUAUUUGCAAGGGUUAGAUCUCCAGAAAGCCAGUCGGAAAUGCAUAAUAAAUUAAUACAUUACUCAGAGGUGAAAGUCAUCCAGAGGAUUGGGUAAUUUUACGGCACAGCGGAGAUAAGGAUUCUCAGAACAAACAGGACGAUUCAUGCCUGUGCAAGAUUAGCCUUUGAUUGAAAUAAAGAAAUAAAGACAUAUCUAUUGAUGUUUUUUUUUUUUUUUUUUUUUUUUUU